AUGGAAAAAAUAAAGAAUAUUAACAUAGAUGCUUGGAGAUACUUAGCAAACAUUCCUAAGUGUAAUUGGGCAAGGCAUGCAUUUUCUGUUGAAAUUAAGUGUGAUCAUGUCACCAACAAUUUCACAGAAUCUUUUAAUGCAUGGGUUGGUGAACUGAGAGGAAAGAAUAUACUUGCUCUGGCUGAUGGACUGAGGCAAAAAUUCAUGAAGAAACUACAUAAGAGGUAUCAAAAAGGCUGCACAUGGACAUCUAGACUUACUCCACAUGUUACUGGUAAGCUGAAGGAUAUUGCAUCUGAAUCAAGAAAGUGUUCAUUGACAAUGGCAAGUGAGAACACAUUUGAAGUAGCAGAUGUGGAUAAGUCCUAUAUAGUCAAGCUGCAUGAGAGGACAUGUGAAUGCGGGGCUUUCCAGUUGACUGGCAUUCCUUGCAAACAUGCUGCACUAGGAGUUAUUUACAGAAGGGAGAAACUGGAAAGUUAUUGUGAUGCAGCUUUUUCAAGAGAUCAGUAUUUGAAAACAUAUGCAUUCAUGAUCAACCCAAUUCCACAUAUGAAUAGGUGGCCUCCUAUGGAAGAUGUGACACCAGCAGUAGUUUUGCCACCACCACUUAGAAGAAGAGCUGGUAGACCAAGAAGAAAUAGAAGAAGAGCACCUGAUGAAGGAGCUCCUGCAUCUCAACACAAGAGAUCAAUCAGUUUUAGGUGCUCUAAGUGUGGUGCAUUUGGACAUAAUAGGAGAACUUGUCAAGGAGCUCCUGUUGCUGAAAAAAGAGGCAGCAGUACCUCUGCAAAUCAGGUAGUAGAACGAAGAGGAAGACCAGGAAGAGGCAUUGCCAAUACUGGAUUAGCAGGAUCUGUUCUAUGGGAACAUGCACAAGGAAAUGUGCCAGUGAUUGUGUCAAGUCAAGGCAGUAAUGGAAGCACUCAAAAUCAAACUACUGGAGCUAAUGUUCAACUUACUCAUUCUGCUAGCACUAGUACUAAUACCAGAAAGAGAGGAGGGCCAAAUGCAUGGGUUGGAACUACUGUUGCUAACAAUAAUAAGAGAGCCAGACGAAAUGCAGCUCUUAAUCCACAUCAAACUCCAGCAGUCACUGCAUCUGCAACAGCUCCAACAGUCACUGCCUCUUCAAUAUCCACUUCUGCAACUACCACUGGAACUCACAAUGACAAUAGCAGCAUCAGUAUGUGGUUUUAAUUAGUACUAGUAAUAUGAGUUUUGCUUUGGGAGACUGAUCUGGUACAGUUAUAUAUGUAGCAAUCCUCAUCAUCUAGAAUGAUGUUUUUAGAUGAUGUUUUCAAUUCUUGUGGAUUGCUAUAUACUUUUGCUAAGUAUUAUUUGUACCGUAUGCCAAGUACUUAUAUGCAUUCCCAGUCCCAGUGAACAAAAUCUUAGACAUAUGUUUUGGUGCAAUAUGGUGGAAUUUCAAUUUACUCUUGCCAAAUAUGCU